AUGGAACUUCGAAGUGUCUUUAGACGAGCGGAUGGUGUGAUUACCAAUCAAAAAUUAGAAAGUGGUGGUGUACUUGAGGGCGAACCUCAGCAGAAUGCUAGAUCUCCUGGACAAAGCAUUUGGCUGAAUCCAAGACUGAUUGCAGAGUAUAUGCAGCUGCUUUUCAAUUCCAUUAUAGGAGUUAUAGCUUUGUAUCUUGUUAUUAAAUUCAUUCUGAUGGUUCGAAACGAUGUUAAUUUAAAACUGGAACAUGAUAUUAGGGAAGCAUUUGACAAGAUUGCAACUUGUAAAUCCAACUACGUCAGAAACCAAUGCGAACCUCAUAUGAGAGUUCCGGCGCUAGAGAUGCGCUGUGAUGAAUGGUCAAAAUGCAUGGAUGAUGAAGUGCUGCCUGGCUCCGAUUAUCAAUGGGCCAAAGCAUGGGCCCGCACCCUUGCUGGAGUAAUAAAUUCCUUUUUUGAGGCGUUCAGUAUACGAUCCUUCCUUUUCAUUUUAAUUAGCAUCGUAGGUAUAAUAUUUGUGACCAAUACAAGUUUUGGAUCAUACAGAGUUUACCUAAAUCAUAAAGAUACAAAACCUGUUCGCAUUGUGUAG